AUUUUGUUGUUGUUGUUGUUGAGCAGAAUUUAAGAAAAAUUGAUCAAUUCGUGUUUAACUAAUUAACAAGGCAGCUGAUACGAUUUAUAGUCACUUAUAUUUUAACCUUAGAAAUAGAUGGAAUAUGGAUUGGAAACCAGUACCAAAAGUGUAUGAUGCUUUAAAAGCUGGCAGUAUAGAUGGCACAGACGAUAUGCCACAUGACAGAGGUGUCAUACGUGCAAUGAAUGCAAAAUAUAAACCAAACAAAGAGGUUGUUGGUAUACCAGAACAUACUAUAUUUGUUGGCAGACUUAGUCAAAAUACAGACGAGGAUUCACUGGGGUAUGUUUUCAGUGAUUAUGGUGAAAUUAAACGACUUCGUCUUGUAAGAGAUGUUGUUACUGGCUUUUCCAGAUGUUACGCUUUCAUUGAGUAUUUUGAUGAAGAUUGUGCAUACAAAGCUCAGAGAGAGGCUGACAAAACUAUUCUGGAUGAGAAAGAAAUUUAUGUAGAUUUUGAAUGUGGACGGUGUUUGAAAGGAUGGAUUCCUAGACGACUAGGUGGUGGUAUAGGAGGGAAAAAAGAAUCAGGACAAUUAAGAUUUGGAGGUAAAAACAGACCUUUCAAAAAACCUUUCCAUAUCAAUACUGUAGUAAAACCCGAGGGUGAUACAUUCAGGGAAAGAUUGAAUGUGGUGGAGAGAGGAGAUAGAUCACGACAGAGAAAUGAACGAUCUGAUAGAUAUACAUCUAGUGAGGACACAAGAGGUAGAGGAAAUCAAAAAGACUCUUAUAGAAGUAGAGACAAAAGUAGACGAUCUAGGUCUCGAGAUAAAAGUUAUAGGUCAAGAUCACGUGAAAGAAGGCACAACUCAAGGGACAGAGGUUACCGAUCAAGAAGUCGGGAAAGCUCAAGAAGACAUUAAACAAACAAACAAAUUUCUCAACAGUCUAUGUUAUUAAAAGAACUACAAUUACUGUUUGGUUCACAUUUUCUUUUACAAUUUUUUCUUUGAGUUUCAGGCAAUACCAUUAAUAUACUCAACAAAAUUCUAACAUGGUGGAAUCAGUAUCAUUGAAGGAGGACUUUCAUGGAUUUCAUGGUUGCGUCAAUCUACUAGUAUGAAAUAAAUUCCCCUUUCAUAUUACAUCUAGAAAAUAGCCAUUUUGGUCAAAACUGCUAAAUUUCAUGCCCACAAAAUUAAAUGACUUCACAAAUGCUUAUUUUUGAAAUUACCUCCCUUUCAUGUAAAAUAUAUGAUUGAAAUUUCAGUUCUGUACUACUGAAGCUGCAAAUAAAAAUUACAUUUCUGUAACUAUGGAAACAAUCUUUGUUGAAAGUACUUUAUUAUGUAGUUAGAAAAAUAAUGCUGAUAUUUUUAGAUUAUCAAGUUUUUGAAUUUUUAAAAUGUUGAAGUAAUGCAUUAGACAAUUUAACAUUUUUAAGUUACUGAAAAUGCUGUUAAAACAUUCCUGUUUGGUAUUUUGAAGGUUAAAUUUGGCAUGUAUUUCAGCAUAAUGGCAGCUAAAUACAUUAAUGCCAGUGUCAUUAUGACAUUGAUUAUGUCUUGUCACCUAGUUUUUCAAUGUAUCUUUGCUAGUUCAGAAAAUAGGUGAUAUUUGUGAAAAUUGUUAAUUGGAUUGUUAUUUUUCAAAAAUUUAAUUGUAUUCUCAUUGCCUUCAAAAGUGAAAAUGUAACAGUGUUCUGAAAUUCUUAGGAAUUUAAUUUCAAUCUAAUCCCUGAUCAGCUUCGCAAGAUAUUUUGAUGACAAUUUCUAUUUACAUUUUGUUCACAAUUACCAUUAAGAAAAUAUGAUUGUUUUGCAUGUU